AUGCAAUAAAAUAACCGUGUUAUUUAUGAGUUAGAAGAUGAUGAAGAUAUAAAAUAGGCACCCUUCCCAAAGUCUUAAGUAAUAUGAUAAAUUUAAUAAUGAAAGACCAUAAAAAUAGAUAGAAAAUUGGGUGCAGUGUAGUAUAUAAAAUGGGGAACUCUUUAUAAUUAUUUCUUUUCUUUUGAUCUAAGAAAGGGGAGGUUGUUAUGUUACAAAACAUAAUAAUCAAACAGUUAUAAUAAUUAUUAUUCAUUGAAUAAAGGAGAUUUUGUUAGAGAUGAAGUUGAUAUCUAAAAAUGCGAACAAUCUUUAAGAAAGAAAAAAAAUUAUUAAUAGGUUAAUGACUAGAAAGUAAUAAAAAAGUUUAUAAUAUAAGUCAGUGAUAUAUGUAAGAACAGCAAAAGGUAGAGUAUUUAAAUUGAUGAUUGAAGAAAAUGAAAAUUAUGAUAAGAUUUUAGGAUAUUUGUAGAUUUGUUUUUCAUCAAAAAUGUAAAAUGUAAAAGCAUUUUAUGCUCUUUUGGGAAUAGGAGUAGUAAGAAUUGAUGGAAAUGAAUUUUAAUUAACAACAGGAGUUGUUGUGUCUUUAAAUGAUUGGUCAAUAAACAAUAAUAAUAAUUAUUUGUUAAAAAAUGACAAUGGAUUUAAUUUAUUAAUAAGUAACAUAGAAUUACUGGGAGGGAUAAUAGGAUCAUUUUAUAAAUAACAGGAAAUAUUAGGAAUUAUAUUUAAUCCAUCUAGUUAAACAAUUGAUAUCAUUUUAUUUGAUAAUUUUUAGUAAAUAUCAAUAAUAAUAAAAUAGAAAUCCUAAAAUUUUACAUUAAGCAAUAUUCAAAUUAGUUAAAUUUUCAAAAAAGAAAGUGACUCCAUCAGGUAAAGGAUAAUUGUUGAAACUAAAAACUGAUAUAGCAGAGUUUAAUUAAAAUGAUUACAUAGAAAUAGCUAAAAAUGAUAAUGUAAAAAUAUAUAUACAUACAUCUAAAUUGAAUAUAGCUGAUUAUGCAUUAAUAUAAGGGAGUAUGUUUUCAGCAUAAUAUGUGGAUGAUUAAAAUGAUUUAGAUGGAGAUAAAUUAUUAUCAAAUAAUGCUCUUGAAUUUUACAAAAAGAAUUUUAAAAGAAUGAAUAAUUAAGAUGAUGAAACUAAAGAAUUUAUAAUUGUAUGUAAAUAACAAACAUAAGUCUUUAUUUAAAAUAAUUUAUCAUCACCAAAUAAAGGGAGUGCUUAAAAAUAAAAUUCUUUUAAAUUUGAUGAAAUAAGUGAUGAAAGUGUAGGAUAAGGAUCAGGUGUAUAAAUAGCAAAGAGUAUCAAAGGUAAUAUAUAUUAAUAAUCUUUAUUACUUAGUUCAUAUGAGGAGAUAAGUUAAUGGUACAAGUGAUACUAGUCCGAAAGUCUAGUUUAUUAGUGAUUUCUAAGCAAAUGGAUUUGAAUAAGCAGCAAAUUAUGUUAAUGAAUUAAAUGAAUAAAAAUAAAAAGAUGAUGAUAGAAAUGAAAAUAGUGAUCUUAAUGAAAAUGGAAAUUAUAAUAAUAAUAAAUAAGAACCUUCUGAUAAUUUAAUUAUUAAUAAUAAUAGUAAAAAUAAACUUGAAGAAUAAUAAUAAAUUCUAAUCUAAAAUGAAUAAUAAUAACUUUAGAAUAAUAAAUCUAGUAAAACCGAAUAAAAUUAAGAGGAAGAUUCUGAUGAAAUAGAUCUUGUUAAAGUUUCUAUUGUUUUUGAUGAUGGAGAACAUUGUAAUUAUAGAGAUUAUAAUACAAUUAUGAAUUAUGCUUUAAAUUUUAGGAAAGUUGAUAAUAAAGAUGAAUAUAGAGUUCAAUCAGCUCAUAAAAAAGGAGGCACCGCUUGCUAAGAUGAAAAGAUUAUUGAUUUAGCCAGAAGUGUUGGAAAAAACAUGAUUAAGUAAGUUGGUCAAAAAUUACUUAGUGGAAAUUUCAAUUUAACUACUGUUUCUUUUCCUGUAAAUUCAUUUCUUUUUAUAUUUUUAGAUUAAAGCUAUGAUUCCUAAAUCAGCCUUAGAAAAAACCUUUAUGUAAACCAUUCUCUUUCCUCUUUAUAUGAAUAAGGCUGCUUCUCUUCAAAAACCCUUAGAAAGAAUGAAACUUAGUAUUGUUGCUCUUAUAUCUAAUUACAUUUAAGCUAAUUCAUUUCUAAAACCUCUCAAUCCAAUCUUAGGAGAAACCUUUGAAGGUGGUUAUGAAGAUGGCACAUAAUUAUAUUGUGAAUAAGUAAUAUUGAAAUAUUAAAAUAGAUAUCUCAUCAUCCUCCUUUAUCUUAUUUUUUAGUAUAUGGUCCUAAAAGGUCUUAUAAAUUCUUUGGAUAUUCUCUUUAUGAAGCAAAAGCAGGUUUAAAUUCAUUAACUAUUUUGAAUCAUGGAAAAAGAACCAUUUAAUUUUUAGAUUAGAAGAUAGUUUGCACUUUUUCUUCAGAACAUUAUUCAGGAACAUUCUUUGGAACAAUGAAAAAUGAAUCUCAAGGAGCUCUUUCUUUUACAGAUGAAGCUAAUAGUAUAAAGAAAAUGAUAAUUAGAUUUAAAUUGUAUUGUUUAAUUGGGGAAAGUGAAAAAUAAGCCAACCGAUUAUUUUGAAGGUGAAAUAAAGCAAGGAAAGACUGUGCUUAGUAAAUUAUAUGGAAGUUAUAUGGGUUUUGCAGAUUUUGAUGGGAUUAGAUAUUGGGAUGCUAGAGUAAUAAAACCGUUUGCAAUGCAGAUAUUGAAAUCUAAUUUGGAAUCAGAUCAUGCAAAGAGAAGUGAUCGAAUUUGUAUGAUAGCUGGGGAUAUUAAUAAAGCAUAAAUAGAAAAGGAGAGAUUAGAAUAAUUGUAGAGAAAUGAUGCAGCUUUAAGGAAGGAGUUUUAAAAAUAGAAGAAGAAAAAAGAUUAAAAAUGA